GUGACAUUCUGCAGUCUUCGGACUCACCAGUGGUGUUUCAUUCUCUUUAAUGUUAUCCUAUUUCAUGCCUUGCUUUUUGGGGCUGACUUUGUGGAAGAAUACUUUCUGCAUGCUUUGCCUUAUGUAGACAUGAAAGUUCUGGAAAUUAAGGACAAGGCAAGAAAAUUGAACAUGGAGCCCCUAAGAAGUAAUCUUUCCAAAUAUUAUAUCUUGAGCCAAUCGGAGGUGUGUAAAGGGAAGAACAUAUUUUUGCUCUCUCUCAUCUUCAGUAGCCCAGGAAAUCGAACAAGACGGGACCUCAUCAGGAAGACCUGGGGUAAUGUGACCAGUGUUCAAGGGUACCCCAUUCUCACCCUGUUUGCUUUGGGGAUGCCUAAUUUGGUAAUUACCCAGCAAGAGAUAGACAAAGAGUCACAUAAGAAUAAUGACAUAAUUGAAGGAAUCUUUUUGGACAGUGCUGAGAACCAAACCAUGAAGACCAUCACAAUGACGCAGUGGGCUGUGACUUUCUGCCCUAAUGCCCUGUUCAUUCUCAAGGUUGAUGACGAGAUGUUUGUCAAUCUACCAAACUUGGUAGAUUAUCUUCUCAACCUGAAAGAACGCCUUGAAGAUAUCUACGUAGGAAGAGUUAUCCAUCAGGAUAUGCCCAACAGAGACCCUAACAGCCAGGAAUUUGUCCCUCUUAGCAAGUACCCAGAAAAGUACUACCCAGAUUACUGCAGUAGUGAGGCUUUCAUUAUGUCCCAAGACGUGGCUCGGAUGAUGUAUGUGGUUUUCAAAGAAGUACCCAUUAUGGUGCCUGCGGAUGUGUUUGUAGGAAUUUGUGCCAAGUCUAUUGGCCUUAUACCCAUCCACAGUUCAAGGUUUUCUGGGAAAAGACACAUCAGAUACAACAGAUGUUGCUAUAAGUUUAUCUUCACAUCUUCAGAAAUGACAGAUGCCGAAAUGCUCUUGGCAUGGAAGGAAAUUAAUGAUGGGAAAGAAUGUACACUGUUUGAGACUUACUCCGGACUCAUUUCCUGCAAACUUCUGACAUACCUUGAUAGCUUUAAACGUUUUCAUAUUGACACCCUAAAAAAUAAUGCCAUGUAUUAUGGUGAUUAG